UUCAGACACGGUGGGCAUGGUCCAGCAGAGUCAUCACCUGUUGGUACUUCAUCAUGUUCUCCUCAUCAUCGUCGGCUUCACAAAUACCUUUAUCUGGCCGUUCUGUCAAUACUUCGGCCAGUUGAUGCUUUUAUGGGAGGUUUCCAACAUAUUCAUGAACUUGAGGAACACGUUGAAGUACCUUGGAUACAGCCGAUCUUCUACAGUGUUUGUUGUCAACGAAGUGACAUUUGUGUUGACGUUUUUCCUGUCUCGUAUCGCCCCUAUGCCGAUGUUCUGGUAUCAACUCUUCUACAUGGCCGCCCCGAAUCCCGACUUUUGGCGGCCGGAGUUCGUGGUUGGCCGCCUGUUAUACUGUGGUGUUCUUAUAUUACAAGGCAUGUCCGUUAUGUGGUUUCUUCAAAUUUUGCAAAGUGUUAAAAGUCACUUUAAACGCUAGGAAAAAAACAACUGAAGGGAGUACCCUACAAGAUUGAUAAAUAGAUAAAUAAUCUAGAAAUACGUAGAAAUAUUGCGAUCUUUCACCCCAAAACAUCUUCUUGGAGAUAAGGUAGGAUGUCAUUAUGCUACAACUUCAAAAUUGAAAAGGGUGGAACAAAUGUAUAUCUACAUUUCAUUUCAAAAAGGUGCAACAAAAUAACGAAAGGAUUGUUUUAUUAUGUUUAUCAGUAUAAGAUUUCUGUCAGUAAGAGAGAAUUAAGAUUUCAUUUAAAAGCACUUAUUCAUUCAACUU